AUGGGAUCAUCUUUUACAGUCUUAAAACUCAUCAGCUCUGACAGUGUGAGUGUGAGGUUGGUGAAUGGCAGUAAUCCCUGUGCUGGUCGAGUGGAGGUUUAUAAUGAUGGUCAGUGGGGAACAGUGUGUCAUGUUUGGUGGGAAAUUGAAGAUGCUGAAGUGGUGUGUAGAGAGCUGGACUGUGGGACGGCUGUAAAAGCAACACAUGAUGCUCACUUUGGAGAAGGAUCAGGACCAAUUUCAAUGGCUUAUGUAGAAUGUAGUGGAUCAGAGACUGCACUGAAAGACUGCAGUUCAGACAGCGAGGAUGCACAGCAGGUCUGUAAACAUAAUGAAGAUGCUGGUGUCGUCUGUUCAGGGGAGGGCCGGUGCUCUGGGAGGCUGGAGGUGUAUCAUAACGCUGUGUGGGGCUCAGUCUGUGAUGAUCAGUGGGACAUCAGCGAUGCUCAGGUGGUCUGCAGGCAGCUGGGUUGUGGAGCAGCACUGAGGGCUGAUGGGAAUUCAGUAUUUGGUGCUGGUAAAGGUGUCGUGUGGCUGAACAGAAUUCAGUGCAGAGGAAAUGAAUCUCAGAUUCACCUCUGUCCAAGAGUAUCUUCAAAGGAGCACAACUGUUCCCAUGACAAUGAUGUGGGGCUGAUCUGUUCUGGUUACACAGAUCUCAGGCUGGUAAACAGUUCAGACUCUUGUUCUGGAAGAGUGGAGCUUCGGUAUCUCGGUAAAUGGGGCACAGUGUGUGAUGCAGGCUGGGAUAUGAGAGCUGCCAGUGUCCUCUGUAGACAGCUGAAUUGUGGGAUUGCUGUGUCUGUUGUGGGAUCAGACUGGUUUGGAGAGGGAAGUGAUGAAAUCUGGGCUGAUGUGUUUGAUUGUGAUGGAAAUGAAACAAAACUCUCAGAAUGUUCCAUCUCUUCAUGGAGUCGAGCUGAAUGUUCUCACAGACGAGAUGUUGGAGUCAUCUGCUCUGAGAGUGAAGCUCAUCAGGGGAACUGCAGCUCUUCACAAACUCUCAACUGCAGCUCCACACAACAGUUGUCAGUCAACCUGGGUCGCGGGUCCAUCAGGCUGGUGGGUUCUGGGGGAGACUGUGCCGGGAGGCUGGAGGUUUUUCACAGCGGCUCAUGGGGGACAGUGUGUGAUGACUCCUGGGAUAUUAAAGAUGCUCAUGUGGUGUGCAGACAGCUGCAGUGUGGAGUGGCCCUCAGUAACCAGCAGGUACCAGCCUGGUUUGGUCCUGGUUCUGGACCCAUAUGGCUGGAUGAGGUGGAGUGUGAGGGGAAUGAGACGUCCCUGUGGAGCUGCUCUUCUCCAGGCUGGGGAAAACAUGACUGUCAACACAAGGAGGACGUAGGAGUUGUGUGCUCAGAGUUUAAAGAGAUCAGGUUAACUGAGGGCUGUGAAGGGAAUGUGGAGGUUUUCUACAAUGGAUCCUGGGGUAAUGUGUGUUACAACCAGAUGGACAGAGACACAGCGAGCCUGAUCUGUCAAGAGCUGAACUGUGGAAGAUCUGGCAGUGAACCCAGUAAUUCAGUGGGACUGAAGCCUCAUAAUUGGCUUGAUUUUUUAAAAUGUCGACGACAUGACUCCACUUUAUGGCAGUGUCCAUCUUCACCUUGGGGACAGAAUGACUGUGGUAAUGAAGUGGCCAAAAUCACCUGCUCAGAGAAAGAGAUUCUUGAGUCUCCUCAGAGUCGUUUGACAUGUUCAACUUCACCAUCUCCUCACCAGAGACAAUGUACAAAUCAUGUUGCUCUCAGACUGAGUGGAGGGGAGGGCCGGUGCUCUGGGAGGCUGGAGGUGUAUCAUAACGCUGUGUGGGGCUCAGUCUGUGAUGAUCAGUGGGACAUCAGCGAUGCUCAGGUGGUCUGCAGGCAGCUGGGUUGUGGAGCAGCACUGAGGGCUGAUGGGAAUUCAGUCUUUGGUGCUGGUGAAGGUGUUGUGUGGCUGAACAGAGUCGAGUGCAGAGGGAAUGAGAUUCACCUGUGGGACUGUCCUCUCUCCCUGAAAAACCACACUGACUGCUCCCACAAAGAGCACGCUGGACUCACCUGUGCAGAUUUGCCAGAUUUGUCAGUGUACACUACUCCUGCCACAACUUCAUCAGCUUCUCCUCCAGUGCGCUCAACAUCAGUCUCUCCUCCACAAACUCCUCCAGCACAGGUUUGUCUGCCUACACUCACAGCCCUCUCUAAGAGGAGACACAGGACGACGACUGAGGCCGUUUAUGAGGAGAUUCAGCACAGACACAAUCACUUCACUCAGAGGGGGAGUCUCAUCUCUGAAGAACUGCAUUCUGGGUAUGAAGAUGCUGAUGAGCUUCUCUCAGCAAAAGAGUUCAAGACUGCAUAUUAUGAUGAUGUCACCAAUGUCAGUGGCCUAAAAGAAGAGAUGCUGAAGGAAAUCACACCGGGAUACUAUGAUGACGUCAUCACUGAUGGACUGAAAGCAGAUCGUGAGACAGAAGACACACCUGAGAGCUAUGAUGAUGUCAUGACGAGCGGACAGAACGCUGAUAUCAAAAAAGUGGACGCACCAGAGAAUUAUGAUGAUGUCAUCAUUAAUAGGGUAACAGGUGAGAUUCACUGUGCUGGUAGAGUGGAGGUUCUUCAUAGAGGUCAGUGGGGAACAGUGUGUGAUGAGGAAUGGGAUUUGGCUGAUGCUGCAGUGGUGUGUAGAGAGCUGGACUGUGGAGAACCUGUAGAUGCUCUGGUCAGGCUGGUUGGAGAUUCUCGCUGCUCUGGAAGGCUAGAGAUACUUCAUGAUCAGACGUGGAUGUCAGUGUGUGAUGCUGUCUUUGACCAGCAGGAUGCAGAGGUUGUGUGUAGAGAGCUGGACUGUGGGGCUCCUGUACAGGUGCUGGGAGCAGCUGCUUUUGACAAAGGAGACACUCAGAUGUGGACACAAGAGAUUCAGUGCAGAGGAAAUGAGUCUCAGAUUCACCUCUGUCCAACAUCACUAUUAGUCAAAAGCAACCGUUCUCAGAAACACAUCAUUGGUUUGCUGUGUGCUGAAGUCAGGCUGGUUGGAGGUUCUCGCUGCUCUGGGAGGUUAGAGAUACUUCAUGAUCAGACGUGGAUGUCAGUGUGUGACGCUGCCUUUGACCAGCAGGAUGCAGAGGUUGUGUGUAGAGAGCUGGACUGUGGGGCUCCUGUAGAGGUGCUGGGAGCAGCUGCUUUUGACAAAGGAGACGCUCAGAUGUGGACACAAGAGAUUCAGUGCAGAGGAAAUGAGUCUCAGAUUCACCUCUGUCCAACAUCACCAUCACAUAAAAACAAUAGUUCUCAUUACAAUGAUGUUGGUCUGGGGGUUGAACUCAGAGCUCAAGCCAAGCCUCAGGUUCGAUCAUCUGUCGAGAACAGCAAGCCAAAUGUCAAGCUUAUUGGAAACACCAGUUGCUCUGGGAGGUUAGAGAUACUUCAUGAUCAGUCGUGGAUGUCCGUGUGUGACGCUGCCUUUGACCAGCAGGAUGCAGAGGUUGUGUGUAGAGAGCUGGACUGUGGGGCUCCUGUAGAGGUGCUGGGAGCAGCUACUUUUGACAAAGGAGUCGCUCAGAUGUGGACACAAGAGAUUCAGUGCAGAGGAAAUGAGUCUCAGAUUCACCUCUGUCCAACAUCACCAUCACAUGAAAGCGACUGUUCUCAUGAUAAUUACCAGGGUCUGCUAUGUGCUG